CCGCCGCCCUCCCCCCCACCCUGGCAAGAAGCGAGUCUAACCGUCGCGUGGGCGUGGCCUUAUCCUAGCCACUCAGGCGUCGAGCUUCACACUCCCUCCUCCCUUCCCCCUCCCAUCUGAGUUGUGGGGGUGUGGCGUGUUCAUGAAGGGAAAAGGCGGGAAAAGGGGGCUGAGGAGAGACUCUGAGAGGGGUUAAGGGGAGCACUCUAAAGUCUGUUUUCCCCUGGGGACGUGGUGAAAGGACAACAGCAGGAUGAAGCAAGGGGGCUCCUUUCUGCAGAAUCUCUUGGAGAACAACGUGGUCCAGUUCCUGAAAAAACCUCAGGCCAUUGCUAGGAUACUUGCUGGGCUCUUCUCUCUGAUUAUCUUUGCUUCCCUGAUGACUGAUGGCUAUGAGAACCCAACAGCUUCGUCCCAGCUGCACUGCGUGCUGAACGACAAUAGGGCAGCCUGCAGCUAUGCCACUGUGGCUGGGGUCCUGGCAUUCCUGCAGUCCUUCUUGUUCCUCAGCCUUGAUGCUUUUGACAUUAUCAGCAUUAGUCACAGGGUCAAAUCCGCUAUCCUGAUCCUGGAUGCGAUCUUCUCCAUCAUCUGGUCCUGCAUAUGGUUUGUCGCCUUCUCUUUCUUGGCCAAUCAGUGGACAAAGUCUAUUCAUCGCUACCUGCUGGGAAGCAGCUCCGCCCGUGCCAGCAUCUCUUUUGCUUUCUUCUCCAUCCCAUGCUGGGUGUACCUGGGCUAUCGGGCCCUGAAGGAGCUGUGGACUGAGCCAUCUGUUCCCUACCAACGAUCCUUUGAUGAGGGAGCUGUGGCACUGACCACUCUCUCCUCUGUCACCACCACUUCCAUUCCAAUUAGUGGGGAGCAUUACAGCCCCAGUGAGGCUCCUCCCACUGGCUCCCCCCACAACCCAAAGACUCCCCCUACACACCGACUCAGUUUCAGCAAUGACAAUUAGGGAAAUUAUUUUUCUUGCUGCAGUAAAUAAAGAGGCUUUUUUCUGAA